UCCUUAACCGGAAGUUGGUUCUAUUUCCGGUUAGCUUUAGUCAGCCGGUCACUCCAGUAGCUUUUCGUGUAGUUAGAAGCAUUCUGUUAUUUAUAUUAUAUUAUAUUAAUUAGCUAUAUACAUAUUAUUAUUUCUUAAAUUACAGGGUCAUCAGUUUGCAGUUUUGAUUCUGUAAAACUCCGGAUUAUUUAUUUAUUUUUAAUUCUGAAAGGUAAAGUAGAAAACAAUCAGAAAAGACACUCUUCAUGUGUUUACAAACACUGGGCGAGUUAGCAAACUGCUAAUUUAGGAUAGAUAUAGCUGGAUUAACUAAUCCGGCCGGUGUGAGUCAUGGCCGACCCGGCGCGCGUAAAAAACGAACCAGCAAGUGACGUCACAACCGCAGAGAAUGUUCACCAGGAUAAAAAUGCAGGUGAGGGUUCAAGCGGAGGAAACUCAGCUUCGGAGAUGACGAUGGAUCAGACCACCAUGAAACAGGAGGAUAAAGUGGGCGUGGCAAAGGAGGUGCCGGGAGGAGACGAGGACGAUGAAGGACACUCGAGUGCUCAUCCUCCGCCUGCUAAAAAACUGAAAGUGGAGCCGGAGAAGAAGAAGGAGAAGAGACAUAAAGUGGACGAAGAUGAGAUCCAGAAGAUGCAAGUGUUGGUGUCUUCGUUCUCAGAGGAGCAGCUGAACCGGUAUGAGAUGUACAGACGCUCGGCUUUCCCUAAAGCAGCCAUUAAAAGGCUUAUUCAGUCCAUCACGGGAUCAUCAGUGUCUCAGAACGUCGUCAUCGCCAUGUCCGGCAUCUCUAAAGUGUUCGCCGGGGAGAUUGUUGAAGAAGCUCUGGAUGUGUGUGAGAAGUGGGGAGACACUCCUCCUCUGCAACCCAAACACAUGAGGGAGGCGGUGAGGAGGCUGAAGAGCCGGGACCAGAUCCCUAACUCCAAACACAAACGCAUCCUCUUCCACUAAACACACACACAGCUACAGUGAUUCUCCUGUCUAAAAUUUAAAGGAGCCAUUUGUAAUGUUUAGAGCCUUUUUCUGGCCAUGAGUUGAACUUCUAUGAAAACACUCACUGUCUUCGUGACUAGCUCUGGUGAAUCUGUACGCUUUGUGAGGUUUUUUUUUAGUAAGGGAGUAGAAUAGAGCAGCUUUUUCGACUGGGACUGGCCUUAUUUCAGGGCCAGAAAAAAUGUAAACAGAAGCCUGAAAUGAAGAAACUAACCUGAUCUACUCCAUGGAAAUAUUGCAAAUCACGUUUUUUCUAAGAUAUCGUUAAAAGCUGUAUGAUUAUUACAGGUCUUUGAAACAUUACAAACUGCACCUUUAACAUUAUGGCUGCCACCUCACGCCGAUGCUGUGUAAUUAACCGGGAGCGAGAGGAGGGCUUAGGGAAUGGUUUAUGUGCCCAAAAUUGAGACCACACCCUCUCAUUACUGUUUGUGCUGUAAAUAGAAGUUGUUUAAGAGAAUAUUGUUUAAUCAUGCGUUCCAGCACUGUUUCCAUCAUGCCCUUGUCCACUUUCCUUUACUUGACCUCGGAGUCGUAUCAUGCUAACUAGCUAGCAUGCUAACUGGCUUUUAGCCAGCAGACUGUCAGCCCUGAAGUAACACACUUCACUUAGGCUGUAAUUGAAUGGAACAGCCAUUAGAACAGCUAAUGGGACUCAAUCAAGGGAACUGGACAAAGUGUGAAAUACAGUAUUGGAGCAAGGCCUUAAAUAUACGUGUGUGUUAAGAGAUUUUAGGUUUGGUCCAAUUUAGUGUUGCUCUUCACUGUAAAUACUGCUUAAGCUUGAAUCAUUUUGUUCAAUGCUAAUUAUUUUAGGUUAAAUAAACAGUGCAUGUGUUUGUAAA